GUCUUGCGAACGGGGUCCAGGUGACGUUGCCGUGCCGACGCAUUUGCCUGUUAGAUCAUUUUUUGUUUUUCGUUCGUCGUCGAGGUUUUCGAUAACAUGUAAAACGGCAGUCGGGUAAUAUCGAUUGAGUUCCACGGCACUCGAAAGGUUGUCCGUUUCGCUUGGAAUAAACGGUGAUCGGACAAGAUGCAAGCUAUUUUGUUGGUCAUAAAACACAGGAAGGUACUGAACAAGAAAUAUCAACCUAGGUGAUGACGAACGAACAUAAUAGGCGUACGACAUCCCAGAUAUAAUCUGGUAUGCAGUGGCGGAAAUUGGCACGCUCGAAGAUCUCAUCGGGACGAUCGCGCACGCGCAACAUGCUGUGCUGCGGUCGCAGGAAGGACAAUGGACGCGAGGCUCUGGAUCUCACGGCGUCCCCGUUGCGGGCGCCGCCAGCCCCCAACAAUAGGACGCAACAUCCCCCGCCAAUGGUCAUACAGGGAGACUUCAGAAAGGUGUCGGGAAUCAGCAGUGAAAUAUUCAAGCAGAUAGAGACAGUAGAAAAUGACCACGACGCUUCGACGGCGGCCGCGUUGGAGCACGUGGAGCGUAGGGGUGAGAUGAUAGUGCGGAUCCUGGACCCGAGGCAUUUGGGACGGACGGCCGGCGAUGCCGCCAAGCGGUUCAUGUCGAUGCAGGACACCAAGCACACGGUCCAAUUCGUGGAGAUUGUGAAGAGGCCGGGACAGACGCUGGGACUCUACAUACGCGAGGGCAACGGCAUCGACCGCAAUGAUGGCGUCUUCAUCUCCAGGAUCGCACUCGAAUCGGCCGUAUACAAUAGCGGAUGUCUUAAGGUUGGCGAUGAGAUUUUGGCUGUGAACCUGGUGGACGUGACGCGUAUGAGCCUGGACGACGUGGUGAUCAUAAUGUCGAUACCGCGCCGCCUCGUCCUCGCCACUAGACAGAGGAAGGGCACCAAGGGCGGCCAGGGCUCCCCCAACGUCCAGCCCCGUUCCGAACACAAACCCCCGCCCGUGGUCGUCAUCAAGCGCGACCUCAGGGAAGAUGAGACUGAUGACGCCGAACUCGCUGAACACCGUGAAUCGAUGCGACAAAGACACACGGGCGACGGCCGCGAGAUGUCCGAGUCGCGUUCCCGUCUCGGCCUGGGCCUGUCGUCCCUCGACUCCCGCCACGGCGGCGGCCAGCUGCAGCAGCAGCAACAGCCGCCCGAGGGCGGUGCCUCGAACGGCCUCGAUCUCUACUACAAUAGCCGUCCGCCCGACGCCGGCUGGACCUACCAACCGCCACCGCCCGUCAUCACCGAACAGCCCAAGUCCAGCAUGCAGCACUUCCAGCCCUACGAGAGGAGUUACCCCAACACCUUGGAGAGUCUGGCCGAGAAGGUGCACUCCUUCGGGCUCACCAGGAGGAUGUCCGCCGGCGGCCAGCCGGUUCCCACCAGACUGUCGUCGCAACAGAGCCCGUCGUCGCAUUACUACGUGCAGCAUGCCGGAACGGGGGCACGGCGCAUCAUGCCGCGCAGCGGCUCCGAUCAGCACCUGCCCCACACCGAGUACUCGGACUACACGAGCAUCACGCAGGCCGGUCGCCACAGUUUGCUGCGCUCGAGCUUGAAAUCGGGCUCGACGCUGAGCCGCUACAACCAGAGGUUCGUGGAUCAGGCGGCGGUGGCGGCGCAGCUCGCGCAGGCUAAGUAUGGCACGUCGGGCACCCAAUACGGGACGGCGACCAUGAGGAGGAACAGGGGUAGUCUGGAUUACUCUAGCGAUACAGAGGCGACUGUCGGAUCCAGGAGCGGGUACUACUAUUACAGGGACCGGGGAAGCGGUCAAACGUCAGUUCCUCACAGCACAAUACCCACAAUGGGCAGGCAGAAUUCAAUGGCUUCCACCGACAUCACCACCAAAUUCAAUUCGCUUCCUAGGGACACCAGAGGUGCCUCAAGAUUGGGCAUGAAUAAAAGAUUCGGAGACCGGAGCGUGUCGCUUUUACAGGACGAGGCAGACGGCGCCCUCUCCGCCCCCGAGAUGCCCUCGAUACGCCGGGACCGAGAUGAAUACCGACAGUGGUUGAGUAGGACACCCUCAACUUCAGCGAUCUAUGAACAGAUUCGUGCGUCCAGAGACGUACUUAACCAACAAAGGGCGGCCAGAUUCACCUACAGUGCCGAGAACAUACAUGACGCUUUGAAAAAUAUUGAGGGAGGCUACUACAGCUCGUACGGUCGGCCAGGAGCUACAUCCACGUUAGACAGAAACUUUACUCGAUCACAACAACCAUCGUUGCCGGCUCGUUCAUUAUCAACUCAACAUAUCACUUCAUCAUCAACAGCCUUGAGCAGCACCAGGUCCCCAUCCAUGCGUCGAAUGAGGCAACUCCUGGACUUGGAUUCGGUGAGAACGGGCGCCCCCAGUCCCGUACCCACGCCCAGUGGAACACUGCCCAGGGGACAAAGGCAACUGGAUAUCAAUCCUGCUGAAUUUUUGAAGUAUAAGAUAGAUAAACCUGGCAUGCCAGGUGGUACUUCAAUCACCGGGUUGUCGCAAUUGGCUACUGGUCCUGGUGGUUUGACAUCGAGCAGUGAUGAGCCAGUUAGUGGAAUGUUGUGGGUGCAUUUGUUAGCUGGAAGAGGCUUAAGAGCUUCAACCGGUACUUCGGCAGCUACCACACCGGUAACUCCCAGUGGCACCGCUCCGAGUAUAGGUGGCUCAACUGGAUUGCGUGAUCUCUACUGUGUCCUAGAAUGCGAUAGAGUACACAAGGCACGCACAGUGGUGAGGACUGGCGAUUUAGUAUUCGACUGGGAUGAAACAUUUGAAUUGGAUUUGGUAAAUAACAGAGAAUUGGACCUUCUAAUUUACUCCUGGGACCCGCAAUAUAGACACAAAUUGUGUUACAAGGGCUCAGUUUAUCUUCCUACUCUGCUCAAGUCUGGACCCAUACACCAACUGGCACUUAAAAUUGAACCUAGAGGCACUCUAUAUAUGAGAAUAAGACAUACGGAUUCGGCUGCUUUGUACAGAAGGAGGACAAUGUCCACUUUGACGUUGUCCAGAACUACACCACUGUUUGGUGUUGAUUUGGAAAGCGUGGUAAAUCGAGAAAACAAAACAGGAGGUGUGCCAGGAGGUGUUGCAACAGGAAUUGUGGCGAGCUCCCACCAAAGUAUUCCUAUAAUAGUUAGAAGAUGUGUGGAGGAGGUCGAACGAAGAGGACUAGAUAUCAUAGGUUUGUAUCGACUGUGCGGAUCAGCGACAAAGAAGAGAAUUCUUCGUGAAGCGUUCGAACGUAACAGUCGUUCAGUGGAUUUGAGCCCGGACAACGUGCCAGACAUCAACGUCAUAACUGGAGUACUGAAAGAUUAUCUGCGUGAAUUGCCUGAACCACUGUUCACUAAAUGCCUCUACCAGAUGAUGGUAGAUGCGCUGGGCGUUUGUUUGCCCGACGACCCCGAGGGCAACGCCAAACUUAUGUUCUCCAUAUUGGAUUGUUUACCUAGAAUUAACAGGGCUACAUUGAUCUUUUUGAUGGACCAUUUGGCCCUGGUCGUGUCUGCAUCAGACAGAAACAAAAUGUCGGCAUUGAAUCUGGCCACUGCACUCGCGCCCCCUCUGAUGCUCCAGUCGACGGACGCAGCGACACCGACGCCCACGGCAAUCUCGGCCUCUGGCAAGCCCCACGAACUGGACUACCAGCAACCGAUCAACGUGCUCAAGUAUCUGUUGCAAAUCUGGCCCACGCCCAAACACCACACCUCAGGUCGUCGCGGCAGGCCAGCAGCCGGGCCGCGUGGAGACAGUCGCAGUGCGUUGCCUCCGGCGGCGGUGGCGCAGGCGGCCCAGGGAGCGGGUCGCGAGCCGUCUCGGCUCUCAGCGGCUCCGUUUCCUCCAGCUCCUCGCUCAGCAGCCUCGGGCCCGCGCGCCCCACAGCCACCGGUCCCAUCACACCAGAUACUAGGCCAAUCAUCAGUAAGCAAAGGUCCCUACCGUCCACUUUCGCCGCGGGUAGGCCCGGCGUCGGCGGCGGCGGCGCAUUCCUCAUCAGCCAGCGCAGCGUCGGCGCAGGCGGGGGCUCCGCCAUGUAUGCGCCCCCGUCAAGUGAUAGUCUCGUCGCCCGGCUCGCCAAGCAGCAGUAGCGACAGCCAGAGUGGCUCCGACUCCGUCAAACACUGCCUGUCAGGCCGCGUCGGUUCGCCGUCGGUGCGCGCCUCUCCCUCGCCCGCCCAGCAGAUGAUGCGCGCCUCGCCCUCCGUGGGAUUGGGGUCGGCGCACCAGCAACAGAUGCAGAUGCGCGGCAGCCCCUCGAUUGCCGGCCACGGAGCGCAGGGCGUCAACUCGCCCGUCGGCCCCAGGAACUCGCCGUCCGUUAGCAGUCUCAGCAGGAUGUCGCCAUCGGUCUUGAGUCAAGUGUCUAGGUCAAGCUCUCCGGCGAUGCAGGCCAGUUCGGCGGGAUUGAACGUAACCUUGGGCACAACCGCCCCAUCAUUCUCGACAUUGUCCAGUCUCCAGAGCACGAUCUCCAACAUAAACACGACAGCCAACAAUAUCUACGGCAUUAACUAUCCCCAGACCACCUACGCAAGCACCAACCCAUUCUUGACCGGCGCAUACAUGACUUACACACCCGGAGAGCAAACCUACGAUAAAUACAACACAAUUGGUUCAACCAAAGAAGUGAAAAGCUUCUUCGAAAGCUACACCAACGACACUAACAAAUAUUCCACUCUGAACAACAAGAACUACGACGUAUCCGAAUAUUCAAGUGCGGAUAAGUACAACACCAUCGGCAGCAAAUAUCCGGAGAAAACUAGCUACUUGAGCACCACCUAUUCGUCCGACUUGAAGUACAGUCCGGGUAAAUCGAGCGGAUAUGACACAAGCCCGAACGUGACGCAGAGCAGCAGCUCGGCCAUGCUGAGCGUCGAGGACACGCCAACCCCUACGAGUAGCAUUGAGACCGAGGACAGCAACACCAGGGAGGUGGGGGAGAAAGACGUGGAAGGCGACGGCGAACAAAGCGACUGAAUAUUUAAUUAAGGAUAACAAAAAUAAAAAUAAAUAAAAAACGGUUUGGGCACAAACUCACACUUUUUAUCGUGGCAGCACCAUAAAAAGACAAACUUAGGGUAUACACUAGAUCAAUCACGGAUUUCAAUGUAAUUUUCCCCCAUUUUUAAAAUGAAUGAAACUAUCACAAGACUUCAUUAUAAAUAUUUAAAACAAAUUAAAUUAUGCAUAUACGAAAUUUAUAAUUUAAGGAGUCAUCUUAUAAAUAUUAUUAUAUGAUAUAUGUAAUUGCUUAUUAGAAUCAAACUAUUUAGGAUCAUUGUUAACUAAUAUUUAAUAAAUUAUAUUAUAUAAUUUUAGUUGGUAGAUAAAUAAAAUAUUUAUUAAACAAAAUAAUAGACGUAUCUAAAUGGAAUUUUAGUAAAAGUGGUUGUUGCGUGUUGCACAAUUUUUUUACGUUACAUGAUGGUUUUCGCGGAAUAUUCCGUUUGUACAGACUCUCCAUUCGCCUACGGAAUCCUCGCCAAAUAUAUUUGGCGAUUAGGGCAAUUCCAAUACUUUCUCAAUCAGACACAUAACACGUUUAUUGGCCAAUAACUUUUAUUGAUUUAGAAGAUCAUGACAUAUUUCAAGUAUGUCACAAAGGAGGAUUGCAUCAAAUACUAAGGCCUAAUUUUCGAAUAUUCUACGUAUUUGGAAAUUCCUUUAAUAUUGAUUUAAAUGUGCUUAUAUGUAAUCCAAAUAUUAAUGUUUAAUGUGGAUAAUUUAUGUAUAACUUGCUCUCAGAAAUUUAUAUAUUAGAAGUUAAAUCUGUAAAUAUAAUAUAAUU